ACACACACGCGCACGCACACCAGCGCAGCGGCUACAUUUUUUUUCGAGUGUGUUCGACAUUCAUAAUUUUCGUGGUGGAGCUGCCAGAAAAAGGCGAGAAAUUAGCAAUUUGCCAGCGCAAAAUCGGCCCGACUGCAGUGCAAACUCAACGAUAGCUUGGCGACGCACCGCUGUGAGUUCGUGUCCACCCAAAAGUUUCCAAUUGCAGCCGCAAAUCGUUGUUUUCGUCCCGCAAAAACCCGACGAGAAGCCCUAGACAUAAUCCACGUCCCCAGAUCAUCCCAGAGGAGAAGAGUUAGCAGCUGAAAGAUGUCGAGCCUGCCACGUCGCAUCAUCAAGGAGACGCAGCGCCUGAUGCAGGAGCCCGUGCCCGGGAUCAACGCCAUUCCCGACGAGAACAACGCACGCUACUUUCAUGUGAUCGUCACCGGGCCCAACGACUCGCCCUUCGAGGGCGGCGUCUUCAAGCUGGAGCUCUUCCUGCCGGAGGACUACCCCAUGUCGGCGCCCAAGGUGCGCUUCAUCACCAAGAUCUAUCAUCCGAACAUCGAUCGCCUGGGGCGCAUCUGCCUGGACGUGCUGAAGGACAAGUGGAGCCCGGCCCUGCAGAUCCGCACCAUCUUGCUGUCCAUCCAGGCCCUGCUCAGCGCACCCAACCCUGACGAUCCGCUGGCCAACGAUGUGGCCGAGUUGUGGAAGGUCAACGAGGCGGAGGCCAUUCGCAAUGCCCGCGAGUGGACCCAGAAGUACGCCGUCGAAGACUGAACGCCCGAGGUCAGGAGGUGGGUCAGGAAGCGGAUCCGGCAGUUGUAUCGGCGAUUUUCCAGAAAGUGGGUGCGCGACCUGGACGGGCGGGUGGGGAAAAUGAAUACUUUAAAAACAACCAGAAAAACCUAAAGCAAACGAAAGAAGAGAACAUAAAACAUAAGCGAAAACAAUGAAAGAUUAAAAACAAUUUUUUUUUUCGAACCUUCUGGGGCGGGAUGUACCACGUAAUAUAUAUAUUUUUUUGCAAACAAUCGAUCGGGGCGAUCGGCGAACGGAGGAGAGAUAGCGAAAGCAUUCAUUAUGUAAGUCAUAUACAAUACAUGUAUCCGAAGAAAUGAUAAAAAGAAAGCAAGCAGUAA